GUUGGUGAGGGCUGUUGCUGAUUGGCUGUCGCACCCAGAUCCGUGGGGAGCCCUUUCUGGAGGCUGCAAAUUUGGGAGCUUGUGGAAAAGCCCAUUUAACUCUCAUGCCCUCCAUCCAUCUUCCUUUCCAUCCUCAAGUCCCCCGAUCGUCUUCGCUCACGUCUCCUCGCUCGACCCGUCUAUAUACUUCCCAUUCCAGCAUCCAGCAUCCAGCAUCCAGCAUCUAGUAUCCAGCAACCACCCCGACAAACCACCCACAGCGAGGAGCACUCACUGAGCGGAACGACCGGAGCUUCCCCGACUAUACUACUACAACCAACCAAACCAUAUCAAAAUGUUUGCCACCAGAGUUCUUCGCCAGGCUGCUCAGCACGCCGAGCGUACUCCCUCCAUCAAGUUCCUCGGCAAGCGGACUAUCCCAGUCUCCAUUGACCACACUCCCCGCCCCCACCCCGCUUCUCCAACCAACUCCCUUCCGGCUUCCUUCACCAACGGUUCCGCCCACACCUCGUUCAGCGCCUACCGUGACCACGCCCAGCAGUUUGGUCCCCUCCGCAAGACCAUCCGCGCCGACGCCGGUAUUGGCGGCAAUGCCGGUGCUGCUCUUGGCUCGGUUGCUCCCCCCUCCGGUGUCUAUUUCGACCGCAAUGAUCUCCCGGCCCGCUUCCACCGUGUCCCCCUGACCGCUGACGAGAUUGAGGCCAUUGAGACCGGCGGUGCCGCGGCCUGGGCCUGAGCAUCAUCUCUGCCGACUCUUAACUACAUGUAGGCACACUCCCCUAGAGUGGAUGUGCUUCAACUUUACCUCUUCCCGCACCAUCACACACCACUUCCCCGCGAGUUUCAAGGGGAACCUUUUUUCACUUUUUCAACUAGAUGUCAUGAUACCCGGAUAAGGUAUGGCAUACGCCAGAGAGGCGAAUAAAAAACCAUGGACGCCGCGGAAAAGCAUAGGCAUGGGCGGUGGGUUUACAGGACAUCAAAACACUGGGAUCAGCAUGGCACGCCCGCAUAACGCUCUUUCGUGGAAGAGAGGGCGGCGGCGGCCUUUCUUUUGUUUAUAGGCGCAUUGCACUUUUUUGGUGCAGGGCACGAAAGUGCCUCGAUGUAUGUGGUGGACUGGAGAUUGGGGAUGGGAAGUGGCAAGAUGGAUCGAUCAGAACCCCCGCUGGAGUAGUAUCCAAAGGUGUUUUUGGUUCGAUG